AUGAGUUUUGCUAAAAUGUUCUUUACAGAUUUGACAGUAGAUUCAUUUUGGGAAUCAGUUCGUAUUUUGUUAACAAAACCUCAUGUUAUUAAUAAGAGAUUAUGGGGCAGUAAAAUAUGGUUUAAAUAUGAGUGUAAAGCCAAUAGUCCUAUUUGGAAAUUGCCAACAAAUUGUAGUCGUUUGGAAGAAUCCAUCACAAAUGAGAAUGUUGAAAAGCACGUAACUGAUAUUUUUAAUGAACUAGAAAUAAGUCGUGAUAAGGGUAACAAUGCUCAAGAUAUCUGUGAAGUUGCAUUGAUUGAGCUACUUUCGAAGACAUAUACGGAUAAACGAGCAUAUCAACUGGUCUUCCUCCAAAAAAAUAAAUCAACAGUGACAUUUUUCAAUGUUACACCAAUUAAAUGGGCCCAGAACAUAGCCCCUGACUUUUCUUACUCUAUACAGCUGUCUGGUCAAAAUGAGUUAGUCUUAGUUGCAUUUGCAGAUGAAAAAGCCACUACCUGUCAAUGGCUAAUUAACACACUACUACCUCAGAUUAUUAAAUGGGGGACAGAAUCAGUACAGAAUAAAUCCAAACCAAUUAUUUGUGCUGAAUCUUUAGCACUCGUUUCAAAAAUGGAAUAUUAUGAAAAAUAUAAUUAUUUAAAAUUGAAAUAUGGAAAAGAAAUGGUUAAGAUAUGGCCUGAGUGUACAGAUGCUUCAAAAUUUGUUUAUGAGGAUAUAGCUAUAACAGCAUACCUAUUACUGCUUUGGGAACAAGAUGACAGCAAGGACAAGAAAACAUUCAUAGAUCUAGGAUGUGGUAAUGGUUUACUAGUUUACAUACUAACUAAAGAGGGCCACAGUGGAGUUGGAUUAGAUGUUCGAAAAAGGAAUAUUUGGGACAUGUACCCUCCUGAUGUUAUAUUAAAAGAGAAGACGAUCACACCAUCCGAUAUAUCUAUUUUCCCUGAUGUAGAUUGGGUUAUUGGAAACCACUCAGAUGAACUUACACCUUGGAUACCAGUCAUAUCAGCUAACAUCUCUUACAGGUGUAACUUCUUCUUAUUACCAUGCUGUGCUUAUAAUUUUGAUGGCAGCAAAUAUCAAAGAAAAAAUUCUAAAAAUAGUCAGUAUGUUGACUAUUUAGGAUAUAUAAAGCAAUUAUGCGAGCACUGUGGUUUCAAGACAGACAUAGAUAGGUUGAAGAUUCCAAGUACUAAAAGAAUAUGCUUAGUUAGCACUGGUAGAAUGUACACUGACGAACAAUAUGAGGAGUACUGUAAAAAAAUAGAUAGUAUUGUACAUUAUAGAUUAAACACAAAUCAAGAUACACAAUCAAACUUUAAAGCCAGAGUACAAGUUGAAAAAGUAAGAAACUGUACACAAAUAGACAAGAAUAUUGUAAGCUCAAUAGUAGACAGUAUAACAAAGUAUCUGUUACAAGGAUGCUCAGAAACAGACACCACCUGGUCCACAGGAAAUACUGCAGAUAUCAAUGAAUUAAUCCCUCUAAUAUCAAAGGAACAACUCAAUGUUCUAAAAUCUGAAUGUGGUGGACUUCAAACACUCCUCAAGAAUAAUCACAAUAUAUUUAAGGUUCAAAGUGGGAAAGUGCAAUUGAGGUAUCCAAAAACUAUUGAAGAAAUCAAUAUUAAUACUAAGAAAAGAAAACCAACUCAAUCUACCAUAAAGAUAAAACAGAAACCUUGUUGGUUCUACCAAAAUCAUCCACAAGGUUGCCCUUUGGCUGAUGCAGACUGCAGUUUCAUACAUGUCAAAAGUUGA